AUGGGAUCCACUACUUCGAAACCAGAGACUAAAGUAUUCACGCCUGAAACUCCCAUAGAGUUCAGCUCGUCGUUUCUUGCCCAAUUGGAGCAAUCUCCAGAGUCUGAUUAUUCUCGAGCACAGUAUGCUGAAAAGUAUAUCCAGGAGAGAGUGGCUAAAGAGCUAACAAAGUUGGAAAGGGAAGCAAUGGACAAGUUUAGAGCCACCACUAAUGAGGCGUUGUCAAGGGCCAGUUCUUCCCCCACCAAUUCUACGCCAGAAAUUUCAGUACAGGCAACUAAUGAAAAAAUUGCUAAACUCACCCAAUUGUUGAAAGAGAAUGCCGAAUUAGAAAAAGUUGAUAUAUCGCCCGAAAUCAAAGAGUCAAGAGAAAAUGUCAUCAACUGCUUGAAAUCCAAUCAGGGGAAAAGUUUGAAUUGUUGGGAUCAAGUUGAAACUUUUAACAAAUUAGUCAGGGAGUUAUAA